AUGAAAAAUCAAGCUAAAAUUUGCAGAGCGGUGCAGAGAGGUACAGAAGGGUGCAGAAGGAAUCCGCAAGCUUAUUUGGACUUGUAUAGUGCAGAGCGGUGCAGAAGGGUGCAGAAGGAAUCCGAGAGCUUAUUUGAACUUGUAUGGUGCAGAGCGGUGCAGAAGGGUGCAGAAGGAAUCCAAGAGCUUAUUUGGACUUGUAUGGUGCAGAGCGGUGCAGAAGGGUGCAGAAGGAAUCUGCAAGGUUAUUUGGACUUGUAUGGUGCAGAGCGGUGCAGAAAGGUGCAGAAGGGUGCAGAAGGAACCCGCAAGCUUAUUUGGACUUGUAUGGUGCAGAGCGGUGCAGAGAGGUACAGAAGGGUGCAGAAGGAAUCCGCAAGCUUAUUUGGACUUGUAUGGGGCAGAGCGGUGCAGAGAGGUGCAGAAGGGUGCAGAAGAAAUCCGCAAGCUUAUCUGGACUUGUAUAGUGCAGAGCGGUGCAGAAGGGUGCAGAAGGAAUCCGAGAGCUUAUUUGAACUUGUAUGGUGCAGAGCGGUGCAGAAGGCAGUGCACAAGGGUGCAGAGGGAAUCCGCCAGCUUAUUUGGACUUGUAUGGCGCCAAGCGGUGCACAAGGGUGCAGAGGGAAUCCGCAAGCUUAUUUGGACCUGUAUGGUGCAGAGCGGUGCAGAAGGGUGCAGAAGGAAUCCGAGAGCUUAUUUGAGCUAGUAUGGUGCAGAGCGGUGCAGAAGGGUGCAAAGGGAAUCUGUCGGCUUAUUUUCGGUGCAGAGCGGUGCACAAGGGUGCAGAGGGAAUCUUAA